AUGGAUAGCGCAUCUCCCAGGCGUCGGGCUUCAGCUGCCCGUCACCUUUCCUUAGAGCCCUCACCCCCCGCUUCUCGUCGGCUAUCUCACGAAAGCAUAGACGCACAAGAAGCUGGCCACCAAAAGAAGCGCCGUCGUACCAGUCAUUCUGGACGACAGGAGAACGCGGAAGCAGUCGACUUGACGGCGGCAGAGGAUAUGGACCCCGUGUCGAGGACACAAGCCAAACAACGAGCAGAUGUUAUCCUCGCACAGCAGUCCCUAGAUCAUAACAAAGGGGAGUCGGUUCUACUUGCUUACAAGUGUCCCGUCUGCAUGGACACCCCGGUUGAUGCUACCAGUACUGCAUGUGGACAUCUUUUCUGUCACAAAUGUAUUAUGGAUACCCUGAAGUUCAGCGAAGCACAACGGUCGGAUAUGUCUGGAAAAGGUCCACGGGGCACUUGCCCCGUGUGCAGAAAAUACCUCUCGCGCAAUGACUUGCCUGGUCCUAAGAGGAAUCUCGUACCUCUUCAAAUCAAACUUACGACUAGAAAGAGGACAGAGACCGCGCAAUGA